AUGGCUCUCCAUCAGGCGCUUCAAGCGUCUUUUGGCUGGUCAAACGCUCACUGCUUCGACUUUAUCGUCAAGGACCCCAACGCUGACCACGAGCCUCCGGACGACAUGGUGGGCAUGAUUGAACGGCUCAGGCUCAUACAUACCAAUCCCGAGGGGCCGAGCAGCGUUCCCAGGCUCAAUCACCUGCGCAUUGUGCCCUGGAAGGCGGGUCAGCGCUUCGGCAACGGUGACUGGGGGGUCGACGCCGCGCAGAACCAGGACCGCUUCCAUACGUCGACGCCCGAGAAGCAGGCCGGCAAGACGAAGCUGUGGAACGUCCUUGGGGAUCCGAAGUGGGAUCAUGUCAUCGAACUCAUCGGGAGGGAACCCCCCACCGCCAGCUUCUCGUGCAAGGAGAGAGGCGGGCAUGGAGUAGCCGAAGACGUGGGAUCAAGUUCGGGAUUGAACAAGCUACUCGCCGCGUACAGGAGCAACCGCCCAAAUAGCGAGCAGAAGGACAAGAUCAAGUGGUUCGAGAGCAUGUGCAGCAAUGCCGAUAAGGAUGGGCUCAAGGGCAGGGAAUCGAUGUGGGAUAUAGCUUCGGUGAACGAGGCUUUACAGAAGAUCAACAUCUCUGAGCAACGGGGCAGCCCCAACCCUGUGUGCAAUACAUUUCCGGGCAACUGGGGUGGGAGGUCCUGA